AUGAUUCAUCGCCGGAAGUUUGCAUUAAUUGCAAUAGGAGUCAUAUCAGCCAGUUGCGAGACGCACUCAUCACCCGCCAGACGCACUAUUGGGCUAGCAAAAGGCCGGAUAUUUUCUCCAUCUCGUACAUCCACCGGGACGCACCCAUCACCCGCCAGACGCACUAUUGGGCUAGGUGGAGACAAGAAACAAAUAGACUUCAAUAUGGAUUGGGUCCCCCCAGAGCUUCUUAAGAACAGUGUUGACAAUUAUUUCUUUGUAAAUAUGUGGUGCGACUGGUCACUUAUUGGAUUUCUUGAGACUAAGAGAAGUCAAAUCCUUGCUGACCUUCAAAAGAUAGCUGUGCAUCAUUCAUAUAAGAGAGAUUUACAAUCGAUCCUGGAGGCAGGACCGCCCGACGACGUCUCCUUCGCCAUUAUGAAACAACUAACACAAAAAAUAACAGAAAGUGAAGAAGUCAAAUUGUUCUGGAAAACAAUAACUGCUGAGAAGAAAUAUAGGGAACAGUUAACUAAUAUCAGAGCCAGUGCUUCAUUUGAAAGUGAUGUUCUCAAGAUUCGUGGGAAAAGAUUUGUUGAAGAAAUUGAUGAUGUGGCUCGACGAGAUGUAAAGAGAGUGGAACUUGGAAAUGACAAUGAAGAUAUUAGUACACCCACUAGAAUUAAAUUUAAUGCCCAAAACGAAAAAGUAAAAAAUGGAGAAUACGAGAAAGUGGAGAUCGACGAGAAGGAACAAAUAACAUUUUGGACAGGAAAUCAUGAACAAGCUAACAACCAAACAAAACAAAAGUUAGAAUUGUUCUCAACUCCUCAUAAACCGAUUCUUACACCACAUAAGUUUAGUAUGAUAUCUCUUAAAGUUAUCCCGGGGUUUAAAUCCCUUAAAAAUAUUCUUAAAAUAAGAUAUCCUGAGAUAGUAAACGAGAUAGAAACUUAUGAGGAAGAACAGAAAAGGCUAACUAGCCUAGGAACAACUCUUAAGGUAUGGCUGGGAAAAAUUUUAUCAUCAACCACUCCAGAGGAGUUAUAUAAAUGCCUUAUGGAGCAAUUGCAAGGCGAAAAUAUCACAGACCGAGACAAGAAAUUACAUGAAAUAUUUGAGUUAACGUUAAAGGAAUUUUAUUUAAUGAUUAAAUACAAUCCAAAACAUGAUCUCGUAAGACAUAAUUCGGAGAGAAAAUUCCUCGUUGAAAGGGUGUCAACACCUUUUAAACUCGUCGAAUAUGUGUUUGGAACCAUUACGACAUACUGGAUUGAAAAAGAAAUAAUGUCAACAAAGGCAACAGAGUUCGUAGAUAACCCAAUUGGUGAGCCAGUAUCCAAAAAAGCUGAUGCACUGGCCACAGAUCUUACACAUAAUAUAGACGUGAUGAAUAUGGAAUCAUCAGGAGGUCCCUUUCAACAAGAUAGAAAACAUACUCUCGAGGAUUCAGAAAAGAUCUCAAAUACUGGAGUAAAUAUUCUUCUUACAAGUCUCCGAAAAUAUCUUGGUGCUAGUAUUGAGACCGCCAAGAAACUUAAAACAUUCAAUAUUCAAAUCGUUGAAGAUCGAAUCACGCUAAUGGAAGUAUCUCUUUACAAACCACGGAUUUGCAAAGAGAUCGAAGUCAGAAGCGCCGUCUUUCCAUUUGCUUUAUCCUCCAUAGGAGAAUAUAUGCGUAUUUUUGAGCUCAUAACGUAUUAUGUGGACGAACUUCUCAAGCGCCAAGAGGUCAUACGAGAGUUGUCUAAAGAAACUAAUGGAGUAAAGGAGAUAACUUCAGAAAUAUUUUCGGAUUGGUGGAAUAAGACUUUAUAA